GUCAACGAAGAAAAAGUCUAGUCUUUGGUCAAAAAUACAAUCAAUUUUUAUGUUUUUGUGCCAUCUCGGAUUAUCUUGUAGCUAAGCUAAGAAGCUUGUAGCUAAGCUAAAGUAUCUUUAUUUUAACUUGGAAGUAGCACGUAUUGAUACUAUCUAUUCUAAUCUAUUGGUAUUCAAAUUCAUAUACAAAAACCAUGGUAUUAUUCUGAGUGUAUUGUUUCUAUGUGAAUCGAAAAUAGUAAUCCAGGAACAGUUACGAUCUAAAACAGUUUAAAAGUGAAUACAAUCCUUUUAACAUGGAAGAACAUGAAAUUGAAAGCCUCAGUACUAAUAAGAAUGUAGAAGAGGUCUGCCAAGUAGUACAGAACUUCCUGAAAAAAAAUGAAAAUGCUUUUACUUUCCCUAACUUGGCAGAAAAGAAUCAAAGAGCUUUGUUAUGGACAGCCUUGUUUCAACGUUUACAAGACAAGUCAUCAGGAUCAGCCCAUGCUCUUUGUUUAGCAGCAAUAAGAGUAUUGAGCCGAGAUAAAACUGAUCUUGAAAACUUGAUCUGUGAAAAAUGGAUAACAACACUCAUAGAAAGAGCAGGCUUAUAUAAUUUCGAAGCUCUUGAUGAAGAGGCCAUGGUGCCACUAGAGAUAAUGGAGAAGGAUGUUGCAGUUGAGGCAUUGAAAUGUCUUUGCAACUUGACUUUCAACAGUGAAGUGGCCCGAGCUCUCUGUGCCCAUACAUCUAUUGCUCAGGGACUGGUAGCCCGGCUGAGAAUCUACAGAGAUAUGCCUUUCAAAGAAGAAAUCAUGCUGUUCGACUUAAAAUUACUGUUUAUCCUUACUGCUCUGAGGCAUGAUAUUAAAACUAAAAUAAAAGAUGAACUUCAUGGUAUGGAAUACUUGAUUAAUUGUCUGGGGGAAAUAUUGACAGAGGCUUCAAAUGCUGAAGACCAGGCUUCAAGUAGUAGUGGCUUGGUUGAAGGGGCCCAUCACUGUUUUCUACAGGACAAUCAACAAGCCAUAGUCUGUGAGAUUCUCAAGACCCAGUUCAAUUUGAUCCUGCAAUCUGGCUCUGAGGAACCAACAGAUGAAGAGGAGGAGGCUAUGUACUUGAAACUAAUGCCAGUGAUGACUGCCCUCCUCUAUGCUCAUACUUCCACCGAGGAGAAACUCAUGGAGUUGCGCAGUAAUAUUGCUAAUUUGCUUACAAGCGUUCCUCCAAUGUUUUACCCCUAUUUGAUUCCGGAGCUUGCUAAGGGAGAAAGAGCACAGUAUGAGUAUGACGGGAGGAAUAUGGAUGCAUUGCAAGCUCUCAUACUACUGUUACAAUACAGGCUCACAAUAACUACAGGCACCAAAAAUCAGUAUGAAAACCUGUCGCCAAUACUGACAGUGUUGAACAAGAGUUCACGUGGAUGUCGUUCCCAGAGAAAGUACCUACGUCAGGUGGUGUUGCCACCCCUUCGUGACGUGUCCCGUCCUCCCGAGAAGGGCAAUACUCUAAGAAACCAGCUCUGCAGGCUUCUAACCACACCAGUUACGUCAGUCAGGGAUUUGGUUGCCGAGUUUCUAUUUAUUCUGUGUAAAGAAAAAGUGGGCCGGAUGGUGAAGUACACUGGUUUUGGUAACGCGGCCGGUCACCUUGCACAGAAGGGGCUUCUAAGCGGCGGCCGAACUGGCGACUAUUCGUCUAGCAGUGACGACUCAGACACCGAGGAAUAUUUGGAAGCACAGCCGAACAUUGACCCCGUCGUAGGGUGCACUCGACCUCCUCGCAUUAACCCCUUUGAAGGAAUGAGUGAUGAACAGAAAGAGUAUGAGGCGAUGAAAUUGGUGAAUUUAUUCGACAAGAUGGUGACUGAAGGUGUGAUGAAGCCGGCCCGUAUCGGACCGGACGGUCGCCCCCAAGCUGUGGAGCAUGUGCUUGAGUUAAGGGAACAUCCGCCGAACAGACCACAGUCCUAAAGAAACGGGAUAACAACGUAAAGGAAUUCAACAUGCGGUACCUUGUCGUAUUUUUGAUGCGCUAUGGUAUAGGCAACAACAGGAGUAUCACGACGUCAAUCGAACGAAUCCUGCUGUUGAUUCGGAUCGCGCAUUAAAAUUCGAAGUAAUCUUCCCCAAAGAUGAAUACGUAAGUUAAUUAUUCAUCUAGAUUUGGAUGACGUCAGAAAUGCAUUUGUCAGGAAUUUCUAAAUUUAAUAUUCUUGUGUGGCCAAAGUGAGAAUAGGAAAGAAGGGUUGAAACUACUUCCAAUUAGAUACUCGAUUGAAUUAGGCAUAGGUUAGACAUUUGGGACUUCUAGUGCAUGUUGAAUAAAUAGGUUUCUUCAAGUUAGUAUUUUGAUCUUCGAUUUAUAUUAAAUAGCAGGUAGAAUUUAAAUGAAUUUUUAAAUAGUAAGAGAAAUAUAUUUUUAUUGUAUUGAGGUUUGGUGUAGCGAGGAUUUUGGCGAACAAAUGAGAACUAAGUCAUGUGGAAUGCGAAGGUAUGAAAUAUCAAGGAUCAUGUAGAUUAGUUUGUAAAGUAGCAUAAUAAUUGCCAGCCUAGCCUUAACCAAUCUGAUUGUAUGGAGCAGGCUGUUACUGCCGUUACUAGAGCUGCCUUAGGAUCGUUUAAUGUACUUCUACACUUUUUUAAACUCUUUGUGAUGCAUUCGUUAUUUGUAAGUAUAUUAUUGUGUGAUAUCAUUAGACAAAUUACAUAUUUAUUUUAUUUUAAGCGGGCCAUUUGAAUAUCGUACAGAUUACAGCGUUCAUUUUAGCGAAUUUUUAGUAAAACAAAUCAAUAUUCGAUUGUUAUUGAUUGCAUGUUGUGACUAGACGACCUAGGGACCUGUAGUGGCCUAAGAUAUAUAUUUAUCGUCAUAUAUUUUGUGCCAUUAGUACGUACUAAGUAGAACACGUGGUUGCGUUGUGUAUUUGGAAUUACCAAAGUAUUUCUUUAUAAUUCUUCAGUGCAAUAUAGCUUGUUAAUAGUACGCGUAUUACAUUAAUGUUUGGAUUCAAAUGAACACCUGACAUCGAGUAAAAUGUUCUAAAAUGUAUUAUGUAGCUUUAUUUGACAUAGAAUUUUUGAAGAUUCGAUAUAUUCAUUCGAUGUAUUUCGUAGGAAUUUAUCAGUAAUUAGUAGGAUAUUUAAGUAUUUUAUUGUAACAAAAAUCUGUUAAUAUUAUGUUUUUUUAAUGUAAUGUUAUUACAAUUU